AUGGCAUCUCCAAUCGUCAGCAAGCAGGCUGAGACGGGCUCCGUGAAGUUUCCGCAUACCCUUCAAAGGCGACUAGCACUCAAAGACUUUUCUUUCAAUGAAACGCAAGCACUUGUAGUGGUGGCAGUUGUCACCUUCAGCGUUCUCAUAAUCGUUUCGUGUUUCGGAUGCUUCCUGCUUUGGAGAAGACGGUGUAUUCAACGAUGCUGCCACUCGAUCGACGAUAGCCAGCGAAUCGAGAGUAUUGAGCUUGGCAUAUCACUUCAGCGACUUUACGACGUGAUCCGCGCAAACUCGAUCCUACAAAGAUCGCGAGUAUCUCUGCCAGAGCCUGCAGCGGCUGGAACGCACACGAUCCGAACGGCUGCUCAAAGACCUACGAGUACUCAGCCCGAACCGUGGCACGCAUGGAAUGCGUAUCGAUCGAUGACGAGCUCUCAACCUCUAAAUACGGUACCGGAGGCUUCGAGUGCUGAGUUCGAUCUAUUCUCUUUGGACAUUGCCGAUGCCAGAGUAGUCUAA